CCGGCUGCUAUUGGCCAAAGGAUGUCGCUUUUCCGUGUGGAGCUGAAUGGAAGAAUGUCUGAAGUUGCGACGUGAAGUUAUGGGGAAGUGUGUGUGUGUGUUCAUGUGUGUGUUCGUCGGGCGGGUCGCGGUACUGAUCACCUACCUACACUAACGGCGCGCGUGAACCCAGCUAUAGGGUGCGGAAUGUCACAUGACGGCCUCUGAAGACGCGAGACACCUGAGGCUGCGGGAAGCACCUCUGUCUUCUGACUUCGUUGCGUAAAACUACAUAUGCACACACACACUCUCUCUCAAACACACACACACACACACACACACUUAAAGUGGUGCGAAGAAGUGCGCCGCACACAUGAUCCAACUAAACGCAACAUUUGACCUGCAACAAGACGUGAUUUCAAGCAUUCUGAAGAAAGAGGAAACCGCACGAGCCACUACAGACGUCUCGGACCCGCGGAUCCUGCACGUGGAGCGAGAUGGAGGAGUGCUCUACUGCUGGCGGGGGGCGACAGGAACCACCCGCAUCGGGAAGUACGACCCACACAGCAAACACAACAAGCUACUCUACACUUUUGACAAGCAGGUGUGUGUCAGCAGCUGCAGCCUGAACAAGGAGGAAACGCUACUGGCGGUGAGCCUCACCCAGAAACACCGGCAGGAGGAGCUCCUGAGACCAGUCUCUAAAUGCCUGACCCUCCUUAUUGAGAUCCACCCCAUCAACAACACCAAGGUGCUGAAGGCAGUCGACUGCAGAGUACGAGUGCAGUUUCUUCACCCUGACAGUGUGCAGACUUCUGUUCUGGAGAGCCAUCUGCUUCUGAUCACUGAAGAUGGAUAUGUUGAUCAGUUCCACAUCAUGCUGGCUCGCCAUGAGGGCUACAGAGUGGUCAUGUUGAACCCAGAUCGUCUGGCCAAGGACCGCGUAGCAGAAGACUUCAGUUGGGUUCAGUGGGAUUCUCAGAACCAGAGACUCUACUUCCUCACCUCCAGAGAGAGAAACAUGGAGUGUGUGCAGUUUCACCCUCAGCGUAACUGUGAGACUGUGUUUGAGUUACCCCUGGAGUUACCAUGCAACCCCUUCAGCUCAAUGAGUUUUGUCCACCUGGGUUUUGACCACUACUAUGAGGAUGGGAGAGAAGAAGGGAUUUCACUUGUGGUGUUCACUGACAAAACAGAGAGGAGCAUGUGUGUGUGCUACAGUCACCCUGUCUACAGCAGAAAGGAAGUCCGCUACACGAUCGCUUUCGUUCACAAAGGCUGCAGUAAGACCUUCACUGUGGCUCUGGAUCAAGAGGCUCUGUGCAGCUCUACAAACCUGCAACCCCUAUUCUUUCACACAGGUCAUUAUGUGGUGGUCUUCCUUGCUGGACACUUUCUUCAUCUUCUUAACACACGCCAGCAAGAUCUGCUCUGUUACAGCUUCUUCCUAUCAGGGUCUGACGCAUGUCUGGGUGAAGUGGGCGGGUCCUAUGUGGGCGGGACCCAUGGUGGCUCCUCCCUAUUGGAGCUGCAGAGCGGCCGGAUGUACACGCCCACUAUCAGCUCCGCCCACCUGAUGGACUUCCUGCACGCCGAGCGACCGGAGGCCCAGAGGCUCGCCACGCUGCAGUGCAUGCUGGUCUAUAAGGGGGCGGAGCCAGAAGUGGAGCGGCAGGUGAUUGACUGGAUCUGUGGCGAUGUGUUGAGCUUUCAUUCAUUUGAUCAGAUCCAGGAGUUCAUUCUGGCCUCCCUGUACAGGAUCACACACCAGCACUCCCUCUGUCUGGACAUGCUGCUGCCGUACUCAUCUGUGUUUCAGAAGAAGGAGCUACCUGUUGCCUUGACGAUGAUCCCUGGAGUAAAGUGUACACCCGCCCUCCUGCCACAGCCUCUGUUCAAAGGGAAGUUCCGUAAUAAACAGGGCUUCUGGACGGAGCUGCAGUGUGUGUGUGAGAGAGUGAAGACGCUGGAGACGCUCGAGCCGAACCCUCGAUUUAGGACCGCACACAUUCAGGAGGAGUGGAGCAAAGUGCAGGCAGGAGUGAGCUCAGAGAAGAGGAAGGCCUCCCACCAGCGACACCUGGAAGAGAACACAAAGAAGGUUUUGUCCAUGGUGGAUACCUGCCGACUUGAUACAAGUGUUGUGCCACUAUUAUUUCAGGAGGAAGACCCCCAACAGAAAGGUCUGAUUGGCACGAUGGUGGAUAAGCUGCGUGAGCAUCUGAAUCGUCACCUACCUCAGUUGGGCAAGAAGAGGACUGAUGCACUGGUGGUGAACUACGUCGCCAAACUGUUGGAGCUCGUCCAUCACAUGCUGGAGUUGCUGUGGCACAAGUACAAUCUGGGGCCCCAGGUGCUCUGCCUUAAACAGCAGGGCAGUCCUGAAGAGUGGAGUGUGUUUCAUGUGAUGCUGAGAAUCCUGGAGGCAACCAAGGGCCUCGGCCUACCCCUUCCCCCAGGCUAUAACUCGCUCCUGGCGGUGCUGGGACUGAAGUGUGUGUGUCGUCACUCCUUCCUCCAGUUUGUUGAUCACAGCCUGCUGCAGCUCACAGAGCCCUUCGUCUCACGACUGAUGAAGGAUCUGGAUAACAGUGAUGAGAACGAAGCACUCAAGUUCAGCAUAUUGAAGAGGCUGCCAGAGCCCAUGUUGGAACGUGUGUGUCAUCUCUGGGAUCAUCCUGUGAGUUCAGCCUGCAUCUCCAGAAACUAUGUCAGUCAGACCCUGCAGAACGUGCAGAUCCAUCAGAACCAAGACAAGAUUAUGGGUUUUGGUCUGGAGGAUCCUGAGCACUCAUCAUUAUGGCCUGACUUCCUGCCUCUGUCUUACCUGACCAAAGUCCUCUCAGACCUGGAGAAAAAAGCUCUGAAUCCUUUUGAGGAGCAGGAGAACGUAGAUGCCCGGUUUGUGGAAGAAACGGCGCUGAAGCAAACACUCAUUGAGCUGAGACUGGAGGACAAGACCUGAACACACACACACACACACACACACACACAGUCUUGGCUGUGAAACAGGAAGUUGCGUUGCGUGUGUGUGUGAUGAUUUCCUGUUACUGCGGCCUUCACUGAUUGGAAAAGGGAUCUGUGUUUGUACCAUGUGACUGUGGAGCUUUAAUGGAAUAAACAAACUUCACCACCAA